UCUGCUUUCGGUGGACGGUUCGUAAACAUUCAUUUGUUGAUUUUCGGCAAUAAAACACAACGUUUAACGUUUAAAAUGCGCUCCAGUGAACCAAGUUCAAAUGCAAAAUGAAUUGAAGUGAGUGCCUUUGUCAAAUAAGCCACAAAUUUUCAAAAACUACUGCAGCCUGUACCAACCAACACCAACAUCACUUGCCAGCCGCCAGAAGAUAGCAACAGUCAGCAAACGCCCUACUUAGCAACAAAUUGCAUUCUACAUUAUAUUUUUGAAAAUUCUUCAUCCCACAUAUAUUAUAUUUGUUUAAAAAACUACGUGUAAUAGGUCAAAUAUUGAUACACGAAAAUGCGUCGGCAGAACGUGAGAGAAUUCCAGGACAGAGAAUGACAAUUUUUUAAUUUGCGUGAAGUCGGCUGUGCGCAAUUUGUAACUCGCGUGAAGCUGGCUGCCCCUAACUAUCCACUCUCUUGAAGUUGGCCGUACGCAGUUUUUGACUCGCUUCAAAAAAGCUGUACUUAUUUUGGGCUGGCAGUGCCGUUGUUGUUAGCGACCUCUAGCGGCUGAAUGUAACAAUUUCAGCGUUGCCUUUUGUCUCGUACUUUUAUCGACGUCUGUGCCCCUUGCGCGUUUACUGUCGUUUUGCACGCGCAUUCGUGAAAAUGGCGGCGUUGUCGCUCGGUCGCUGCCAAAUUUUUUGUACAUCCAAAAUAAUCAAAAUAAAGCGACAAUAAAUACAGUGCUAAACAAACUGUCUGUGCCAGAGGCCGCGUACGCGCGUGUGUGUGAAAAUACAAUAAAAGAAAAACAUUCUGGCCAACAAAAAGAAAAUUUUUAACAUUAAUCAGCUAGCGACAAGGAGUUAACGUCGUCGUCGUCGCCAGCGCAUCAGCAGCAGCAGCCGCGUGAAUAAGCGAGUGCGAUUGCAAGAGUGAGCGCUUUUCUGCGGUUUUCGUUUGUCAACGGAGCACCCAAAGGCUUUGGCCAAGUUCGCAUCGGACGGCUACACAGCAUGCGAGUGUUAGACAGGAGCCGUAAUAUCCACAUCAAUAAUAAUAAUUACAAYAUGGCACAGACGCACAGUUGAUCAAGAAACCAGGCGGCUAAAGAACGUCACAAGCAGAAGAGAAUCUGGGAAAGAGGGCCGUGUCCAUUUCCGGCUCUUCAAGCGCUAACGCUUCAAAAACCGAAACCGCCACCGCAAAGGUCAAGCAAUGAAUAGUAGCCAAACGGCGCCGCCGGCCACAUCGACUGCCGGCAAUCGUAUCACCUUCACCACCCAGCCACUGCCCAAUGGCACCAUCAAUAUAGGUGGGCCAGGAGGCGGGGGUGUUGGGCAGACGAUCAUCUCAACAGCACAGCUGCCAAAUACGACGACGAUCAAGACCAUAACAGCGGGCAUUGGAGGACAUGGGGUGCCCGGUCUGUCGCAAGUGCAACAUCAGGUGCAUCAGCAAUCACAUCAGCAUCAGCAGCAACAGCAGCAACAUUCGCAAUCAGUAGGUGCCACCCAAACACAAACCUUAGUUAUUAAAUCCAAUCACCAUGCUGUCACCCUGCCGGCGGGUCUAGUAUCAAGUGCACCAGCAGGAAUCGUAACAAUGACCAAGACCAUCAAUCAGACCGGGCAGCCGCUGCUUAACUCUAUGCUGCCUGCCGGCGUGGUGGUCGGCAUGCGUCCGCAGGCGCCGACGCAGCAGCAGCCAAAGAAUAUGCCCGCAAAUUCGCUCAGUCGUGUCGUCAUCAGCAACUCUCACAUGGGUGGCGUUAGGCCACAGAGUCCAUCGAUAACUUUAGGCACACUUAAUACAGGACAAACGCCUGCACUGUUAGUGAAAACGGAUAAUGGAUUUCAGUUGUUGCGCGUGGGCACGGCCACAUCGACGGGCCCGCCGACGAUGACACAGACCAUAUCUAACACCAGCAGCAACAACAACAACAGCAACAAUAAUAAUAAUAACAACACCACAACAACAACCACAAAUCAUCCCAUAACCACACAGAUACGUCUGCAAACUGUGCCGGCUGCAGCUGUAAGUAGAUAUCAUGGCCAAUCGUCAUCACAACAGCAACAACAACAACAGCAACAGCAACAAACGCAGCUGCAGCAACAGCAACAACAGCAACAGCAUCAAACAACAACACAAGCAUCCUCGCAAGCAACUACUGCCAGCACUAGCAUUGCACUGCGCAAAACGAUUGUCCGUACAUCAUCCACAAUCCUCCCAUCCAGCAAUAAUAAUAUUAAUAAUAUCACCACCAAUACCACCACCACAACCACUACCAACAACAACAACAACAAACCCGCUACUAACUUGCAUCAGCAGCAACAACAGCAGAAGCUACAGCUGCAAAUGAAGCAGCAGCAGCAGCAGCAACAGGCACAGCAGCAACAUAAGCAACAGCAGCAGCAGCAACAGGCCUCUGCCAGUGCCAACAGCGCAGCCGCCGCGGCAGCCGCAGCUGCAGCGGCAAAUGUCGCAGCCACAAUUAAGAUCAAGCAAAACUCGAUGACCAGCACCACCGCCUCCAGCAACAUAAUUGUCAACUCGGUGGCCAGCAGCAAUGCGCACAGUUUCAGCAGCUCGUCACAUCCGCCACAGUUGGCGCAGUUGCAGCAGCAUACGCCGCAUUUGCCCCAAGUAACGCAGAUCCAAACGAUACCAGCCGUGCAGCCGCAUUCGCAGGCAAACAAUGUCCAAGCGUCAUCGACAGCGAAUGUGACGUCAACGGCGAAUACGAACUCAACAACAACGUCAACGGCAGCGCAGGGCAAUACCAAAGAAAAGUGUCGCAAGUUUUUAGCCAAUUUAAUUGAAUUGUCGACACGCGAACCGAAGCCGGUGGAGAAAAAUGUACGCACGCUUAUCCAGGAGCUGGUCAAUGCGAAUGUGGAGCCAGAGGAGUUUUGUGAUCGCCUGGAGCGUUUGCUCAACGCCAGUCCACAGCCGUGCCUCAUUGGGUUUCUAAAGAAAAGUCUGCCACUGCUGCGACAGGCGCUCUACACCAAGGAACUGGUCAUUGAGGGCAUCAAACCGCCUCCGCAACAAGUGCUGGGAUUGGCUGGACUUCCGCCGCAGCUUCCGAAAAUACAAGCGCAAAUCCGGCCGAUUGGACUCAGCCAGACAACAACCAUUGGACAGACGCAGGUGCGAAUGAUAACACCAAACUCGUUGAACACGCCGAGGCCGACGAUAGGCCAUACGACUAUAUCCAAGCAGCCGCCAAACAUUCGAUUGCCCACAACGCCGCGGCUGGCCAUACGGGGCCAAAUGCCCUCGCUGCCAAUGUCCGCGCAGGCGAACAUUGUACAGAUACGCGGACCGCAUAACGCACAGCUGCAACGAACGGGUGCGGUUCAAAUACGCGCCACAUCUCGUCCGCCAAACAGUACGCCUACGAACAAAGUCACUGCCGUCAAGGUUGGCCAGACACAGAUCAAGGCCAUAACGCCCAGUUUGCAUCCGCCCUCGCUGGCGGCCAUAUCAUCGAACAGUGGACCACCGCCAACACCGACGUUAUCAGUGCUAUCGACGAUAAAUUCGGCGUCGACGACAUCGUUGCCGGUGCCUUCGUUGCCCACAGUACUUCUGCCGCCGGAGGCAUUGAGGGCACGCGAGCAGAUGCAAAAUUCGCUGCAUCACAACAACAACAAUCACUUUGAGCCAAAGCUGGUGGAGAUUAAGGCACCGCAGCUGCCGCAUAUGGAACGUAUCAAUGCCUCGCUGACUCCCAUUUCGAGCAAAACGCUGCCGCGAAGUGCGUUGCCCGUGGCCAACAAGUCGGUAAGUAAAAAGAAAAGGGAUACAGUGGACCGAGAAAGCAAAGAUGAGAAGGCGAAUAGCGGCAGUGGGAUGGCAGGAUCAACAGCGGCCGCAGCCGCCAAUUCAUUUUUCCAACAGAGCUCUAUGUCAUCGUCAAUAUAUGGCGAUGAUGAUAUCAACGAUGUUGCCGCCAUGGGUGGUGUUAAUCUGGCCGAGGAAUCGCAACGCAUUCUUGGAUGUACCGAAAACAUUGGCACGCAGAUAAGGUCCUGCAAGGACGAGGUGUUUCUCAACCUUCCAGCCUUGCAGGCGCGAAUACGUGCGAUAACGGCGGAACGUGGCUUAGACGAACCGUCGCAAGAUGUGGCAGUGCUCAUAUCGCAUGCGUGCCAGGAGCGGCUUAAGAAUAUUGUGGAGAAGUUGGCUGUGAUAGCGGACCACCGCAUUGAUGUCAUCAAGUUGGAUCCACGGUAUGAGCCUGCGAAGGAUGUGCGCGGUCAAAUCAAGUUUCUAGAGGAGUUAGACAAGGCUGAACAAAAGCGACAUGAAGAGCUGGAACGAGAGAUGCUGCUGCGAGCGGCCAAGUCUAGAACGCGAGUCGAAGAUCCUGAGCAGGCAAAAAUGAAGGCGAGGGCAAAAGAAAUGCAGCGAGCGGAAAUGGAGGAGCUGAGGCAGCGCGACGCAAAUUUAACGGCUUUGCAGGCAAUCGGACCACGGAAAAAACUUAAAUUGGAUAGCGAUGCGGCCGGUGUGGGCGUGGGUUCCAGUGGCAGCGGCCUGAUGAGUAACACGGGUACAGCGACUACAACGUUAAGGCCGCGCAUCAAGCGUGUCAAUCUGCGUGACAUGCUCUUCUUCAUGGAGCAGGAGCGAGAGUUUUGUCGCAGCACGAUGCUGUUCAAGACUUACCUCAAGUGAUUGCUGCUGGCGCCGCUGUUGUUUACAUACCUACGCACCUACAAUAGUUCACCUGCACCUGUCCCUACUCCAAAUCCUGCUCCAGCUACAGCUCUAGUUCCAGUUCCAGUUCCAGCUAUAAUUGUUCUAUUAGCGCCUAGCAGCUGCGUUCUUCAAUUUGCAAUAUUAUUUAGCUGUCACAUUUAAUAGCGUCGUCCCUUUGUUGUUUUAGUUAGGCGCCCUAUUUUAAUACAUAUGCGUAGAAAUACCAACUAAAUUGUAAUUAAAAAAUUUUAAAUCUGAUGACAAUUCGUUUUCCAAUUAAAUAGCCAGCAGCACUCAAACCAAACCAAUCCAAAAAAAAAA